AUGUCAACACAGGCGUAUUACAAGGAGCGCCUGGGUUUCGACCCUCAAGAGGUGGAGCUGAACGGAGGCUACGAGGGCCCCCACCACAAGCGGCACAGGGGGGAUAAGGAGAGCCACGAUCAGGUGUACGAAGAGAACCUGACCAAGUUCAAAGGUACAACAUGUUGGGGUUUCUUUAUUCAGCAGGCAGAUGAACGGGAUGCGAUACAAAAGAAAACUUUCACGAAAUGGGUCAACAAACAUUUGAAAAAGGUGUUUGACUAUUUCACGCUGCUCGGACAGACAUACACUCGGUUGCACGUCUGCGAGGUCGUCAACAACCAGCCGUGCUGUCCGCCGCAACAAGUGAACCGGCACGUCAACGACUUGUUCGAAGACCUGCGAGAUGGACUCAACCUCAUAUCCCUGCUGGAGGUGCUUUCUGGCGAACACCUGCCGCGGGAGAGAGGUCGGAUGCGUUUCCACAUGCUGCAGAACGUUCAGAUGGCGCUGGACUUUCUCAGGUAUAAGAAAAUCAAGCUGGUCAACAUCAGAGCGGAGGACAUCGUCGAUGGGAACCCUAAGCUGACCCUGGGCCUGAUAUGGACUAUCAUCCUGCACUUCCAAUGUUUCAAUUGA